GACCAAGCUUUCGUCCAUGUCCCCUCUGGUUCAGCGGCCAGCGCAAGCAGUGCCAUCCAACACGACCUUGAACUUUCUUGAAUCAGAACAUGGCGGCCAGGAAGUGAUUUUUAGAACUGAUCGUGAUGGUGUUUGCUGUUUUAUAAGCAAAAUAUGAUGUGUCAUCGGAUACCUUACCAGCCCGUCGAAAGAUAAGCCUUCAUGCUUAAUCCAAGCCGGAGGAUCGAUCGCAUUGCUCAUCCACAAACUGGUACUACAAUAAAUGUCCAAGAGGGUACAAAUGUUACGCUUGUUUGCCAAAUUGACUGGGAGAAGAUUGUCGCUGUUCUAUGGUACAGAACAAACGGAACACACAAAACAUACUAUCAGUUUGUCCAAUGUCACAGUGAUGUGUUCACCAAAAACAGAUUUGAUGGAAAAGGAUCAUGUUUCAACAAAACAUAUGGAGUGAGGAUACAAAAUAUUGAUAAACAGAAUGAAGAGAGAUGGUAUUGUCUAGUAAAUAACAAGUGGCAAAGUCCAUAUGUUGAAAUCAAAGUCGACAGGCAUAACGAAUCUACUUCACAAAGAAUCAGUUCACCCACGGCAACUACGGUGAAAGAUGUCACAUUCACAUCAAAGUCAACAAAAGGCACGACAGAAUAUACAACAGAAAGAACAGAUAAGGAAUCGGCAUCCAUAAACACAUUGGUUCCUCUGAUUGGCGGAGCUGCAGGCGGUGCGUUCGUCUUAUUGGCUCUCGUGAUCACUGGCUGCGUUCUUUACAGAUCCAAGAGGGAGGUGAACAAGCCUAAUGAUGGACGGGCAUCAACAACAGAUUCCAACAGAGACCCAGGAGCAAAUGUUGAAGGGGCUGUUGUGAUGGAGGGAGAUGUCAUGUACGGCAGCUGUGGCGCAGGCAAUGAUGACUACGCACAAAUACCCUGUCGUGAACCUGCAUCUGCCUCUCAUGAGAAGGAAGAUGCGAGUGUGUUGAAGAAUCAACUUGACACAGAGAACAGGAACACCAAUCAGCCUGGAGUGGACAAUGGGGAUAUCUAUGCCGUACCUGACAAACCCAAGAAGUCAACAGUCGAGGAUGUAGAGGAUGUGUACAGUCAAGUGCAGAAGCCGAAGAAAGGAAUCGAGUAGAAUGAGGAAAGCCUGUCAGUUUACAUGAGGGAGAUUUAUACGGUCUUGUUACUUUAACAAAUAGACGUAGCAUACAGCCCCUUCCACUGAACUAGCAAUAAAGGAGACCAGCGAGACCAUCUCAUCUGUUUCAUAUUGAGAUCUAUACAUAAAGAUUCAUUAUGACAAGAAAUAUCUCUACAUGACUGUAUGACAAGAGGGGUUACUUUCCAAUAGUCAACUUGAACUUUAUGUCGAGCAAUAUUACAGCAGCUCCAGCCUUUGCUGUCUACAUUUCACCCCUUUUGAGACACAAUCGAGCAUGCCCUUUCUACCAAUAUUUCAAAGACUCUUGUUCAAAUGCUUUUUGAUCAAGGUUAAAAGAUUCAAGGUUUCAGUAAAGCCUUCAAAAAGUUUUAUAGUAGACAUGUCGACGACAUUUCCAAAUAUGACGCAUCCGUGACAACAAAUAUGUCCUAUGCACGUCCCUACUUUGACUUGUACCAUAUGUUUCCAUGUUGUUUUUCUGGUGUACAAUUGACUUGCAUGAACAUGUGCUUGUGACAGGUGUCACACAAUGGGUAGGAUACUUUCACCUUUUCAUGAACACCUCGUAUGAUCACUAUUUGAUAGUGAUCCACAGACACAUGUUCAUGAUACAGUCGGAAUUGUACAAUCGACUUCAUUUUUAUCAGAGAUAUAUAUUAUGAAUAAUUUUAUGGAAAUGGUUUUGUCGCUUUUACAUAUAUGCAUGGUCAUAAAUGUUAAUGAUGUACAUUGUCACAUGGACUAUGUAAGUAAAAUGCGUUGUUGUUAAUUGUUACAUUUAUACAAUCCCUUAUGCCACCUUGUCCAUUAAGUGUUUGUAUGAUUUAGUAGUAGUUUUUCAAAUGUAAACUCUGAGUGGACCAUUGUUCGCCUUGUGUGUAAGAAACAAACACUUUUGACUCUUCUGUGACAUGACAGAGUUUCUUCAUAAAUCUUUUGACAAUUUGAUAAGAAUAGAAUCUCACCUAUUCAAACUGGUCAGCAAGCACGCACUGUCCAAAGUCCCAGAUUAUGGCCAAGGUAAUCUCGUAGAGCAGACUGUAAAGGAGGUUUUGGAAAUUCUUAUUUUUUGUUCAAAGCAUCAGCAAUAUUAGGAAGUUGAGAGUCUAACUUUAUGCGGCCAUGCCAGCCUGGCCAGUCUCAAUACAACACUUCUCACCCAAACAAUGGUGUAGACCUUUGUAACGACCAUGUGACCUAAUCCUUAACAUAUAUAUUUGCCUUCAAUUUUACAAAUAGUCAUCUUGAUCUAGUUUUUUUUAUCUUUUAUGCACUGGUAUAAGUUGUAUGUUUUCAAGAUUGUUCUUUGCUUGUUGUUUUGUACUGCAGUCAGCAAUAUUCAAACUGUUUUCCAUUUGCCUGUAACUAAACGCGUCUGUACCAGACAACCAGUGCUUGUUGAUGAGGUUGGGUACGAGUACACAAAUACAGCCAAGUGAUAAACCCUGAACCCGGCCUUCAUGUUCAGAUCUAUCGGUUAUUGCGUCUGUCAUUGGGUUCCGUGGACCUACUGAUGCCUUUAAGAUGUUUUUUUUUAAGCGUGUGUAGCUUGUACACGUUUGUUGCUUGUUGACAUAUUAUUUUAUACUUUUUGUUACUAUAUUGUAUCAACGUGGUAAUGCGUAAGAGCACUCGAACUCACAUGGUUGUCAGAUGAUCAUGACAACCAAACGUGUUGUGAUGGACAAACAUCCAUAGAACCAGGUGGACGGGACACUGAAGAGUACGCCCUUCACUCCAUCGUUUUGAUGGAUUUGAUUUCUGCAUGUUUAAUCUAAAACUGAAGCAGUACGAUAAGUUGGACAUCCAAUUGUGCUUUUAUGGAUUUAAUUAAGAACUCGGUCGAGUUCAAACACUACUAUUUAGAAAUCAGUUGUUUCUUGUUAAGAAGUCACCCUAAAGUAUUAUAUUCUUCUGGACUUGUCAAUCUUGUUUAACUUACAUGUAUAUAUUGCAACACAUUCAAAAGAGAUGUACGAACCAGAGUGUAUACUUUAAUCAUUUGUUAUUCAAGAAAUCGUGAAAAGGAAAAUUGUGAAAAUCAUCCCUAAAGAAUUUAAAACAAAAUACGUGAACAAUAAAUAAGAAAAUAAAACACUGUUAUAGCAUGAAAGAAUUCUGUAUAUAUAUCUUCUAUUAUCACAGUGUGUUGACACAAGUAAGUCUUGAAAAUGUUAAAUAUUUGUAAAUAUGGAGAUUGCUUCAAAUUAAAUAUGUCGGUAGUAUGGUAUGCCAUCAAGGAUUUUCUUUGCUUUAUUCAGAUUCCUAUUUGUCAGUUAUUCAUUUUGUUAUGGUAUAUUUUCAAUUUGAGAACAAUAAACCUUUAAGAUGAAA